AGAUAAGAUAAAUUUGUUACUAGAAUCUUAAUGAGACAGAAUGUUUUACUGAUUCAGUGACGGUUAAGUAAGUAAAAUGAAAAAUUGAGCUAAGUCAAUAGAAAAUUGUUUAAGAGGUGUCCAUUUCCUUCAGUUUGUUAAUAAUAAGAAAUUUAGAAUUAAGAAUGAAGAAUAUGUACAGGAUACUUUUCAUAUUGGCAUCGGUUAUGCUUUGUGCCGCAGAGCCCGAUCAAAAUAAAUUUCCUCUUUGCAAAAUUUGCACUUGUAAAUUCGACGUCAAUGAAACUACAGCAGAUGUAUUGUGUGCUGCACAUGGGAAUUACCAGAGUAUUUAUCAAGAUUACUUCUGGAAACUAAAUGCCACUAACGAAAGUGUAGCCUACAAUUCUUUGGCUAUUCAUUAUGAGAAGCUGACGAAUAUGACAAAUGUUUUCCCCCCAUCUAACUUGACCGUAUUAGAUUUGGCUAAUAAUAAUAUAAUGAGUAUUAAGGACAGCAUUUUCAAAAAUUUGCAGAAUAUGAAGGUGCUUAUUUUGAGUUAUAAUGAUUUGGAUCUAAUCCACCCAGACACGUUCAAAGGUCUCUAUUUGGAAGCAAGGCUGUUGCCUCUGAGAAGUCUCAAAGAAUUGAGAUUAGAUCACAAUCAACUUCACACUCUUAACAAGGAUACUUUUGAACAUACUACAGAUAUAGAAAUUUUAGACUUGAGCCAUAAUGAUUUUCAAACCAUCGAUAGACAUACUCUUCUGGCAAUUAGCGGAUUACCAUAUCUGAAGAAAUUGUAUUUGCAAUAUACAGGAAUAAAAACUUUGCCAGACGACAUGCUGCAUACACCUAGAAGAUUGCAAAUUUUAGAUUUGUCAGGAAAUAUAGGGAUUGAGAAGAUUCCAAGAACAUUGCGACAAGCUAUAAACUUGCAAGAAUUGUAUUUGAAUAACACUGGUUUUGUUAAUUUGACACAAGAUAACGGCUUUCCCAAUAUGCCAUCUGUAAGGGUCCUCCAUUUAUGCAGAAAUGAGCUUUUACAUCACGUUGGCAGACACUCUCUUAGCGGCCUGACAAAUUUGACGGAUCUUCGCAUGAGCGACAACAUAGAUUUGGUUACAAUUGACGACUUGGCUUUAGCUAAGCCAUCUAAACUUACAGGCGGGGCGAUUUGGCCACCAAUUAAAAAACUUUAUAUAGGCAACAACAAAAUAUCAUACCUAGAAAGUGAAAUCAUAGCGAGAUGGGACAGUUUAUCGGAAUUAGAUAUAAGAGAAAACCCCUGGACAUGCGAGUGUGAGAAUCAAUGGUUGAUUGAUGACUUGAUGCCAAUUUAUUUAAAAAUUAAUGAAGAUAUGGCCAAAGAAGUUAUGUGUGCUGCUCCAGUCGAAAUGAGAUAUUUCAGUUUCUAUGAUAUACUAAUGAAAAAGAGCCAUAUGAGGUGUUUGGAUACAUACGGAAACAGACCUGAGAAGGAUGGUACUUUGCUGGUAGGAAUAUUAGCAGGUGUUUUAUUGGCCAUUCCAUUAAUUUUGUUUAUUUUGUACGCUUACAAACAACGUUGGUUCAGUUUAGCCGGAUAUUUUGACAAUUCUCCAGCUUCUUAUUCUAGAAGGUUCUAUAAAUCAACACCACAUGAUGAAGACAUUUAGUAUGCAAUAAAUAUUAUUGUAAAUUCUAUUGGUUUUGAAGAUGAAGAUUUGUAAUAUAUUAUACAAUAUUAUUAUAAAUUGUAUCACUUAAUUUUGGAUUUGAGAUGUAUAGUGAUGUUAUUUUUGCUUUUAAAUAGUGUUUAAGUGGUAGAUUUUUUUUUAAAAUAGGUAAUUAAUUUAUAAAUAUGUAAUACAUUUUAAGGCGCGCAUUUUUUAUUUAGAAC